UUUUUUUUAUUUAAAAAUAGCUUUCGUGGUCUGUUUUUGUUUCGAAAUUAAACAAAAAGUCUUAGAAAAGAAUACAAUUUAUAAUUAAUCGAUAUAUUUUAUUAUUAUGUGUAAUAUUGGUUAUAAGUUAGAAUCCGGUCUCGAUGAAUUCCCAAUCAUUCGGAAACAAAAUUAUCGGUCAGACAGGAAAACCAGUCUUAAUAGCGUUUGCCAAAAAUCAUAAAUUUGAAUUGGAUGAAAAUGCCUUAAAAUUAAUUUUGCUUCGAGAAAAUGUAAAAGAUUGUCCGGUUGAAGUAAUUUCUGUGUCUGGAGCUUUCCGGAAAGGAAAGUCUUUUCUUUUAAAUUUUAUUUUACGAUAUCUUCAAGCUAAGGGAAGUCCAAACUGGAUGGGAAGUGAUGAUGCACCAUUGAAAGGAUUUGAAUGGUGUGGAGGUUCAGAAAGAACAACAAAUGGAAUAUUUGUAUGGAGUGAAGUUUUCUUUAUUUCUCAUAAUGGAAAACAGGUAGCAGUACUAUUGAUGGAUACCCAAGGUACUUUUGAUAGUAAUUCAACAGUCAGAGAAUGUGCUACAGUAUUUGCUCUUAGUACUAUGAUAAGUUCCAUUCAGGUAAAAAAAAAUAUAUAUGUAGCAGAUGAUUUUAAGGUGCAGCUGAAUUCCUUCAUGUCAUAUUUGUUUUCACCUGAAAAUAUUGAAUGUAAACAAAUUAAUGGAAGAGAAAUUACUGCAAAAGAACUUAUUGAUUAUUUUAAAAUAAGAAAUGAUCAACAUCCUAGUUUAAAAGAUCUUAGAAGACAAAUCUACACUUGUUUUAAAAAUAUAGACUGUUUCUUAAUGCCUCAUCCUGGAUUGAAAGUUUCGACAGCGCUCGAAUUUGAUGGUUGUCUAAAGGAUGUAGCAGAUGAUUUUAAGGUGCAGCUGAAUUCCUUCAUGUCAUAUUUGUUUUCACCUGAAAAUAUUGAAUGUAAACAAAUUAAUGGAAGAGAAAUUACUGCAAAAGAACUUAUUGAUUAUUUUAAAGCAUAUAUAAAAGUUUAUCAGAAUGAUGAUUUGCCUGCUCCUAAAACAAUAUUUAUGGCAACGGCUGAAAUAAAUAAUAUAAAUGCAGUACAUAAUGCCAAAAAAAUAUAUAACGACACAAUGGAAAGGAUAUGUGGAGGAAUUCAGCCCUACCUUAAUCCAAGAACUUUAUACUUGGUGCAUUUAGAAGCCAAAAAUAAAGCCAUUGAAUUAUUUAAUAAUGCAUAUAAGAUGGGAGGGGAAGAAUAUUCAAAAUCAUUCUGUGAAAGUCUAGAGAAGGAUAUUGAAAAUUUACUUCAAAAUUACAUUGUAUUGAAUGAUAGCAAAAAUAUAACUAAGUUGGUGGAAACACCCCUUAUUCUUAUUACUAUUGCUAUUAUAACUCACUUCCUUGCAAAACUUUUUUAUCUGAUCGACUUAACAUUCUUUCUAAUGAUAUGCAAUAUUGUAUUUAUGAUAUGCAUACUGUCACUUGGAAUCUGGUGCUAUAGUAGAUAUUCAGGAGAAAUACAAGAAAUUGCCAGUCAAAUUGAAAAUAUUUCUCAUUUUUUCUGGAAAAUUAUUGAAGUUCAAGUCAUGUAUAUAUGGAGUAAACAGAGAAGAUCUUGAAACUGGUAUAAUAUUUAAAUAUAUUUAAUCGCAUAAUGAAAAUAAAAUUAUACAGCUUUUUAUAUAUUAAAUCAUUGUCAUAUUUAAGAAAAUAAAUUUAAAUUUGGCUUUUAAGGCAAAGUAGUCUUUUCUGUUUUAAAAUUACACAAAUAUUUCAUCUCUUAAAUACACAAGUGACACAGUUUAAACAACUCAGUAAAAUAUGAGGUCUGUUCAAAAAGUAUCGGACUUUUAUUUUUUCCGCGUAAACCAAUGAUGCGCGGGAGGCCUCUUUCAGUGGAGUUGUGGAGGGGACAGUCAUGCAU